AUGGACUCGUUCCCUAUAGCAGGAUGGAUCGGCUUGGGAAGCAUGGGCACUGGGAUGGCCAAAAACAUCCAGGCGCAUCUCGCCAGGAGCUCGGCACAGCCAUUAAGGGUCUUCAACCGAACGGCAUCUCGCUGUAUUCCGUUGGAGGAGUCUGGCGCCAGGCGCUGUGAGUCGAUUGCACUACUUGCGCAGGAUUGCAAAGUCAUCUUCCUAUCUUCAAGCGCCGACGAGGCAGUUUUGUCCAUUGUCGAGCAGAUCAUCGAGUCGGGGGACGUUGAGGGAAAGAUUGUCGUCGACACGACUACGGUCCACCCAGACACUUCAAAGGUAGUCUCGGCAAGAUUAGCUAGGCAAGGGGCACAGUUUGCUGCGAUGCCUGUCUUUGGGGCUUCACCAGCCGCCGCUUCUGGGACGCUCCUGGCGGCAUUUGCCGGACCACAAGAUGUCCUGGAUUUGCUUUCGCCAUUGCUGAAAGGUGUUAUUGCCCGUGAGGUCCUUGUUGUCGGCACGGAGCCCGAAAAAGCACUCCUUCUGAAAACCACAGGAAACUUGAUGAUGGCUUCGCUGAUGCAAGUGGUAGCCGAAGCACAUGUCUUUGCAUCGAAGGCGGGUCUGCCAGAGGCCACACUCGAGAGACUAUUAGAGCUCAACUUUGGUCCUGUAGCCUAUUUGGACUCAGUUAGGAUGACCACGGGUGUAUACUGUCCUGGGCGGGGCGGGGCGCCGUGGUCUGACUUGAAUCUUGCGAUCAAGGAUGUAGGGCACGCAAUUGAGAUUGCUGACAAGAAAGGCGUCAGCCUGAAAGCUGGAAAGGCCGCCUUCGAGGGACUGGGUAAGGCCAAGGAAUGGGCGAAUGGGGAGGGGAAAGUCGACGGUACUGACCGAACACUAGACUCCACCAGCUUGUAUGGAAUCGUAAGGCAGGAAAGUGGACUGGAUUUUGAGAGCGACUUGGUCAAAGCGAGCGAUAGUCAAUCCUGA